UUCUGGAAGGCAGCGAAAGGGGAGACAAACUACUCAUUUUCACGCCCAAAGCUUUGCAGGAAGGAGGACGGGGAGCCGUGCGAGGAGGGAGGGAUAAUUUGACGGUACGAGGCGCAGCAGCUUGGCGGAGGACUGGGCUCGGGGCGAGGGGAGGACGUGUAGCCGUCCAGCGCUGCCGCUACACUUGUGCAGAAAUCGGAGGAGCCCCGCUGACUUUCUCCCGCUUCAUUUCCGCCUGAUGCCCUAAUAUCCGACCCGAGCUGGCGUCCGGACCGCGCCGGGGGUAACCGAUGAGUUCCCUGAGACCUGUGCUGGGAUGAGAGCUGGGAUCAAAAGUGUAAAAAACAACAGUGAAGUGAAGACAACUGACCACCAAGGGCGGAGACAAGGCGGACCACACAACGCAGGAGGCCUGGGGAAAUCAUUAACCAUGCACAAACCCAUACGAAAUGACUGAGGGACAUCGAUCUCUUUGGCCUGGAACAGAAGAGAAAGAGAACUGGAUCCCACUUCACCCUCCGUAUCCCUGAGACCGACAUCCACCUCCAGCCCCCUGGCCCCAGGGCCUGCGGAUUUACCCCGGCACAACUUCCGUAUCUCGCAGAUUGACACCAAGCUACAAAAACUCCAACCUCAUAGGGGGUCGGCUCUUUGUGGAGAGCCCCUUCUCCCUCCCAAGCCCCCGGGGACGGGACCCUGUCAUGUUUCACUGACUGACCCCUCCCAACCGGCGAAUGACAAGUGUGCAUCCGAGGGUGGGGCUUGCCUCAGUCUCUCAUAAUUGGCUGCUGGAUGGAAUUAAGGUGAAUGGAACACAUGCCCAAGGAGCAGGACCCUAACCCAUCAGAGGGAGAAGAGAAACGGUGGCUCAAUGGCCCAAAAAGGAAGAGGAAGAACAGCCAAUGUUCGGUGAAGAGUAUGACUGGGUACAUCCCCAGCUACCUCGAAAAGGAUGAGCCAUGUGUGGUGUGUGGCGACAAGGCCACAGGUUACCACUACCGCUGCAUUACAUGCGAGGGCUGCAAGGGUUUCUUCCGUAGGACCAUUCAAAAGAACCUCCACCCCACCUACUCCUGUAAGUACGACUGCUGCUGCAUCAUCGACAAGAUCACCCGCAACCAGUGUCAGCUCUGCCGCUUCAAGAAGUGUAUUGCAGUGGGCAUGGCCAUGGACUUGGUGCUGGAUGACUCAAAGCGGGUGGCUAAACGGCGUCUGAUUGAGGAGAACAGGGAGCGACGCAAGAAGGAGGAGAUGGUGAAGUCCCUCCAGAACCGUCCAGAGCCCACCGGGUCCGAGUGGGAGCUGAUCCGCCUGGUGACGGAGGCCCAUCGACACACCAACGCUCAGGGCGCACAGUGGAAACAGAAGCGCAAAUUCCUGCCAGACAAAAUUGGCCAGUCCCCGGUUGCCCCCACAUCAGACGGAGACAAGGUGGACCUGGAGGCCUUCAGCGAGUUCACCAAGAUCAUCACUCCUGCCAUCACCCGUGUCGUCGACUUUGCCAAAAAACUGCCCAUGUUCUCUGAGCUGCCUUGUGAAGACCAGAUCAUCCUGUUGAAGGGCUGCUGCAUGGAGAUCAUGUCGCUGCGAGCCGCCAUGCGCUACGACCCCGACAGCGAGACGCUGACGCUGAGCGGGGAGAUGGCUGUGAAGCGUGAGCAGCUGAAGAACGGCGGGCUGGGCGUGGUGUCGGACGCCAUCUUCGAUCUGGGCAAGAGCCUGGCACAGUUCAACCUGGACGACACGGAGGUGGCGCUGCUGCAGGCCGUGCUGCUCAUGAGCUCAGACCGCUCUGGCCUGACCUGCGUGGACAAGAUCGAGAAGUGCCAGGAGACCUACCUGCUGGCAUUUGAGCACUACAUCAACUACCGCAAGCACAACAUUCCCCACUUCUGGCCGAAGCUCCUGAUGAAGGUGACGGACCUGCGGAUGAUCGGGGCAUGCCACGCCAGCCGCUUCCUUCACAUGAAGGUGGAGUGUCCCAACGAACUCUUCCCUCCGCUCUUCCUGGAGGUCUUCGAGGACCAGGAGGUGUGAAACACAGUUGCCACCACGCAAAGGGAAGAGGAAGUUGGGGCAAACUGGGAGAUGGGAAGGGCCAUCAUUUUUAUAGGGGAAGGAUGGAGGGAGAGUCCUCUCGGCAGGAAUCUGCAUUUCUCCGAUAUCACAUUUACAAUAUGUGGUUUAAAAACUGGAAACAACAAUAACAGGAACAACACACCAGCAACAGGAGAGUCAAGCAAACAGAGGGUUUUGUUUUUUGAACACCCUCUCCUCCACCUCUUUCUCCUCCUUUUACUUACCCCUGUUUUAAAAUCCGUGUGGGGGCCCUUCUGUCUGAGCAUGAUGUCUUAUCUAGCAAGAGUUGUAGCCAUUUGCCAAGACACGCACACAGAUACACACAACACACACAGACACACACAGACACACACAGCCACAGCCUGUUCCACCUCAGUUCUUCAGAGCAGCACUCUUUGCAGGGGUUCGUUCCCCCUCUCUGGUUCUUUGUAGCGGUCACAGAUUUACACGUUUUGAAGCCCGUGUCUCCGGCUUCAAAGCUGCCCAGCACCUCUCAGUAUUAUUUCUGAAUACGUGUUAAGGCAGUAAUUCAGAAAAUAUGGUCAACGGUGACAUAUUAUCACUCACACUCAUGCAGGCGCACGCAGUCAGCAAACACUGCACACUGAAAUUUCAGUAGAUGCUUUAUUACUCUGGUGUGUAAUGGCUGUAGUAAAGCUACCAGACCUAGUUAUUAUAAAUUUCUCAACUCAAUCUGAGCCGUUACAGCUGUUUUUGGAGCUUCUUCUUCUUCUUCUUCUUCUUAGAUCCCAGUGAAACCGGUGCUAUAUUUAUAUAAGGCUACUCCAGUUUUAUGAAAUUGUGUUGUCUAUCUUUGAAAAAAAACGUGCAGACCAUGGCUCCAUAUCUACCUUCAUUUUUGUCAUUGGACCGGCUCCUGUGACAUACAGUGCAUGCACACACACACAGACACACACACACAUAUGAGCAGACUUGCCUAGUCAUUGCUUGCGCCACUUGUGCCAGCAACCUAGCGUCUUAUGAAUGACAAUUAAGACCUUCUCUCUCCAAGGAGUUUCUACAAUGAGGACAAGAGAGAAAGAAAAGGAGAGAAGGGAGGAGGAAGGGAGACACUUGGAAGCUGAGAGGAGGGAGGAGCAGAGAUAGAGGGAGAAAGCAAGAUUUCAAAGCUGGACGGUAGAUUCAGAGCCGGGGGUCAGGAGUAAAUCUCCCAGACCCAGCUUCCCGACAGGGUUUGGAUAGCAGCAACCACCAGAAGGACAACUACGCUCAUCUUACACACACAGACACACACGUUCUCUCUCCUUCUCCAUCUCUCUCUCUCACACACACACACACUCACACACAAACACAUACAUAAAAACACACAACAUCACCUCAGAGUAACGUGAAUGCCUCAUUUUACUGUACACACUGCACGGCAGUGUUGAUAUACAGCCCUAACCUGCAGGGUUUGUACAGAGUCCUCUCCUCACGGACUCCGCUCAGUGUGGCCCCUCCAGGCUUCCAUACACAUUUGCCUUUUUUUUUUAACCAUGGGCGUCACUGAGAGCAGGCAAAUGCCAAGAAGGCUACCAUUUACCUCAAUGUGGACACACCCCCAGGCUGGGGCAGCAAUACUGCCCCUGUGGUGUCAGGCACUACCUCACCUCUGUGGACACAGGGCAGCUGCCCACAGCCUACACACAGACAUACACCAUUCAAGUUGGCGCAUGUGUAGAUUAACACACAAAUGUGCAUAAUUUUUGCGUAGGUGCACACUUGUAGUCAUGGAAAGACAAAACACUCACAGCACACACACACACCCUCAGUGCUAUCACUUGGUUGAAAUGAAAUACCACUGAAGACAGGAGGGCCAGCCAUGCCCCGGGAAGGUUCCACCCGGUCCUGGGAAUGGUACCCAUCGCAUUCGGGUUAUCUCUUUUUGUUCUAUGGGACCAAGUGUCAUCUUUUCAAAUUUGGAUUUACUUGUUUCUGUCAAAACAGAAACCGACUCACAGAAGCGGCGAAGGACAAGUGUGGAUGUGCAGCCCAGCUGACGUCUAUCUAAGCGAGUAGCCAGAGGGUAGAUAACUCAGAGCAACUGAGAACCAGUGGUGGCAACGUCCGUUAGAAUUAGCAUGCAUAGAAAGGGCGGUUUCUGUCGGCAUCGUGGCGAUCUUCCACAGUACACUUAUGAUCGCUGCCAUUGAGUCUUGGUAAAUAUUUUCAUGGACAUAAGCUUUGUGUCAUGCAUGGGCAGUGCAUUAGACGCAGAAACCCGGGAUGUUCUCGACCGAAAUGAAGCCUCUUCCGAGGCGACUCAGCAUCCCUUUAAGUCUCAUUGCACAUGACCAGUGCUCACCACUGUAACAGUAAUAUCUCAUGGCAGAUAUCAUAAUGUAUUAGCCAAAUGACCAUUCGAGAAUGUUGAUUUGAUUAUAAGAGCCCACUCUGUUCAUUCCAAUUCUGGGGCCAAGCCAGAUCUAACUGGGUUUACCACUCUUACAAAGAAGAGAAUGAAAGAAAAGAGACUAAGAAAAUCUGUUUUAUAUUCAAUGCCAAGCAGUAGUUCGUACUGGGCACUUGUACAGGAUGGGUAAUGUGCACCCCACAGAAGUACUUAAGCAGAGGAACGUGUGGCAGGGAUCGUGGGUAACCGUCACAGAUGGCCGAGCCUAACUGCUUCAAACAUCUGGAGCAGUUCUGGUAGGAGAGAGGAACUGGAGCACCACCUUGGGGCACGAUGGCAGUGUUUGGUCUGACUCUCAGAAGAAUCCCUUCCUCGUGCACUUCACCGCUUCCAGCGAUCCAUCACCUGCCCUGUCCCACCCCACCUUGCUCUAGCCCAUGACAGUGCCCUUUCUUGAGCCUAGCUCAGACUGAAUUGCACCCCACCACCAUCACGACAGCCCCCGCCCAGCCAGGCUGGUGUGAGUUUUUGCACUACUGCAACGGUCCUCCCUUUUUAUGCCCUUACUCAUCAAAGUUUAACCGGUGUCCCUCGUCGGCUCACACAUUAGUUUCCUCCUCGCCCUAAAUGGGCAUCCUGACCUGCUCUGUGUAACAGAGGCUGGCAGUUGCAGUGGGCUCAGCCCCAAACCUUCUUGUUGUCAGUAUUAGACCAACAGCACAUAACCCUCACUUCUUACCAGGGGUGGAGAGAGAUUCCUGCAUAGAAGGGUAGGGAGGGCUGCGUAGCACUUACCCAUUCUCCGUGUAGAGCCCAUUGUCCCACCAUCCUUCCUACAGCAGAGUCAGCCCAGUGACGUUUCGAAUUCGGAGCCCUCCUCCAAACAGCCUCCCUUUCUUCGUCAUUCUCUCUCCCCCUGUCCUCUUCCCUUAGCACCCGAGCUAUCUUACCCACUCACCGCCGGGUGGGUUGCCCCCACUUUGGCCCAGAAUCACUGACACCAAAUGGGAUCCAGGCCUCUCCCUUGUGAGACAAGGCUGGCCAUAACUGCCCUUUAGAGCGGCGCCACCGAAUGAAUGUGAACGGCAAAGCAGCAGCGACGGGAACGAGGGACUUGAGCGCGAGAACGUGAGGAUGCGAGAGAAGAAGAGAACGUGGGACAGGAAACAAAAAGCUGAGGGCCUCAGCCCUCACUGCCAUCAUUGACAUGGGUGAGAGAGGGUGAUGUGGCUGGUUGUAGAGACAAUGUUAACAAACACUCGGAGGAAGGGGAGAUGGCGAUGUAGGAAUAUGCACCGUCUCCCCUUCAGUUCCCACAACAGCCCCACAUGAGCCCCCGCUCCCAUGCCAGCUGACCACCCCAAAUGCCCCCUCCCCCCACCUCAGCUCCCUCAAAAAAAGGAUAAGCUCCAGCUUUCAUAUGGUGAGGAUCAGGAAAAGAUCCAUUCCAGAGAUGCAGGUUUGGAAUUCCAACACGUCUGUGUAAAAGAACUGAAAAAGAGUAAAAAAAAACAACAACAAAAAAAAAACACUGACAUCCUUUGUUCUCGUGAGCUGUCUGGGUAUGUGUGUGUGACAGUAGGGGUUAUAAUGCUGCUUUACCUUCUGAGUCUGAUUUAGAUUAAGAAAAAAAAAGAUAUAUGAAAUGAUUAUAAAUCCAUAAAACAAAAUGAAAAGAGAUGACUUUAAAAAAAAAAAGACUCCUGAACAAAAUUAUUGGAGAUUUUUCAUUUUAUCAUUUUCUUAUUUUUCUGUUUGUUUUCUGAUGCUUAAACUGCUCUGUGUAAAAGAGGAAAAAAACAGCUGUAGUCACUUUUUGACCAUGCGUGCAGUGUAACAUAGAAAAUAUUUCACUUCUUUUUCACAUCUAUAGUUUGUGUUGAUAAGCCAACUGAUCUGUUUGUCUGUGUGUCUGUCCAGUUGUCCGUCCCCUCUUAUCAGGAGGAAUUUACAACCAACAAAACAGGAAUUUCUGUUUUUAUAUUUCGUUUCUUUUUUUAUGAAAUACGACUUUGGAGAAAAAAAAAACACAAACAGGAAAAAAUAAUGCAACAGAAACUGAAAAUACAAAAAAAACAAAAAAAAAAAACAAACUGAAACACAAUCUUGUCAUACCUCACACAACACAAAACUCAAAGGAACUUGGGAGGAGUCAUAUUCUGCAGGCACAUGUGAAAGUUCAGAGAUGCAUAUAUAGAUUAAAAAAAAAUGUAUAUGUUAAGAUAAUAUGUGCUUGUGUGUACGCAUCAGUAGAAGUUACAAAAGGGCUCUUCCCUCAAGCUUUGGUGCUCUCUGUUUUAUUGAUUUGGUUCUCGGAUGAUGGGAGAUGCAACACGAACAUGAGAACAUGUUGUGAGAUGUUAGAGAUCAUCUGCUAAUGUGAGCACUUCUCCAGCUUAAAGGCACAGUCUAUAGACGGUAAACCUAAAAUGUGAAUGGCCCAGAGACUGAGGGAUUAAGACUUUUGUAAUGGCUGAGUGUUUUAUGGUAAUGAAUGUAGCUGACAGGAGGGGGCUGGACCUGAGCCUGGCACCCACAACCUAACUUCCACACACCAGCAGAAAGGAUAGUGGUGUCACAUAGAGGUAACAACCAACCAACAAAACUGAGAAUAUAUAUUGCCCAUCCGCAAGGUGCAAUACUGUGUUGUGUAUUUUUGUAUGUUUUCUGUUCUGAUUUUAUUUUCAUUUCAUUUUUAUUUUUGGCCAUAACCAAGGAUGUAAAUACAAAAAACAUACAACACUCGAGAUUUAUUGCAACAAUUUAAAUGUAACCGCUCCAACCCGCUGUCAUGUAAGAGGAAAAAAAAAAAAGCAAAGUAAUGUGUAAUGCUUCUUACAUUUUGUAUGUGUGCCCUCUCUCACGUGCAUGCAGAUCCAUAUUCAGAAGUGCCCCGUGACAUUAAUCAUAUACCCUGUGCCUCCUCUUGUUUUCAAAGAGAUAGAUUCGUAUCCCUCAUAUUCUCACAACGCUAGACGUGAAUGCCUAGAGUUGUGUGUGUUCACCUGUGGAAUCAGAUUCAGUUCUUCCAAACUAUUGAUGUGAGUGUUGCCAGCAGCCACAAUGGCUGAAGGUCAGGAGGGCAGUGUGGUUGAUUUUUUUUUUUUUUUUUCUUAGUGAGUAAAGUGGGAGGUGGAAGGGGGAGAUAUGAAAAGAACAUAAGCAAGUUAUUUUUUCGGCACGGAUGUCAGCUAACCUGGCUGCUGCACACCCACAUUAUAGUUGGAAAAGUCCAAAUUGGAUUUCCCCAUUUGUCCGCCAGCCUCCCAGAAGCCAGCCUUAAAAUCUCGCAAGCUCGCUAUUCAAGAACGCCUGGACAGCUGGGAACUUAUAAAGGCCCCAUUCACACUUAUCAUUCCAAGCGUCUUUUCAUUUACACUUAGCCACUUAUAUUCAUCUCUGUUGGCCAGUUCAGAAAAAUCUUAUUGCCUCCGUCUUGGUUUUCCUCGGGGUAUUUGCAAAUCAGGACCACACUGCUCCAGCCCAGAGGGUGGAAUUAAUGCACCUGAAGCUGGUUAGAAGCUGCCAAAAUGACAAAAGAAGAAUAAUCUGUGCAGUUUAGUUACAACAUUAAGGGUUAGCACAUAGCUAAUAACUCUCCAUCACAAACACAUGGAUUCAUUUGUAUGACGGAGAACAGCGGCUAGUUUCAGUGUAAUUUUAGCACCUGUUAUCACAGGGGACCGACCCUGUACGUGGCUGAGCUUUACUUAGGAGGAGGAAACAUUACGUAUCUGUCUUGGAGACUUGGAGAGACAGAUGCAUUUCCACCUUUACAAUAUCUGGCCAGAAUGUAUCUCUCAGUCUUUUUUUUUAUAUAACUAUAUAUAAUAGCUAAUUGGUGUAAAUGGGGUCUUUGAUGACGAUGACAGUUUUGACAGAGAAUGGUUUUCAGCUCUCACCAGUUAAAGCUGAAAGUAAUUUUGGUUGUGCCCAAAAUUGACACCACUAACUCGAGCAAACCCAGUUUUGCCAGACCACAACAAGCGAAGCGUGGUUUUCAAGGCUGGCUUUGUGGGGCCUGUAAGCCCGUCCCUCCAUAGAUAUAAUGAUCCUGGUUUAUUCUCACAUGUUGACACAUUGGACAAGGGUGGAGAUUGUCUGUGAUGUUUUUUCUUUUCUUUUCUUUUUUUUUUUUUGUUUUAUGGUUGUGUUUGGUCCCCUCCAUGCCAAAUGUAGAGUUUGUGAAGACAUGCAAGUAGCAAGAUGUCUAUGCAAUUUCCCUCCAACUCCCUUCAAAUUACAAGCUCAGUGUGACAACAAUGAGCCAGUUUUGCUUACGAAAUCAAAUUCGGCCCGGCUCGAAUUCCAGAGGUUCUUUGCUUGACCUAAAGACCCUUGCUACUUUGUGUGGGCGAGGGCCCAGACUGCCCGGGUGAGCUGGCCUGUAGCCCAGCUGACUGGCCGGUCCUCGGGGUCGGUAACUCUUUCGUAGUCUCUGUCCCAGAGGACAAGUAGGAAGGAAACUGGGGACGUUGUGGAGAAUAAGGAUUCAACGAGAUGUGCUGGUUCUUUUUGUAAGCUGCUCAGAAAGUGGUGUGUGUGUAUGUAUAUGUGUGUUGUUGAGAAGUUUGGGUACUAUUUUCGUCUACUUGAUGCGAUGCUCUCAUUGUUUUGGUGGGUUGAAUGUUAAGGCCACAAAGCCUCUAAUCCCAAGAUUUAGACAAGCCCCUAAAUUCAAUCCUUCUGCAGUAUGUGUGUGAAGCUUUAAUUUUUCUAUCCUGCGACCAAGUUAAUGUAACGUUAAAGACUAUUCUUGGUGGUUGAUGUCCACCAGUGGGAUGCACGUCGCAUGAGCAGGUUUACUUAAACCCAUUACCUCUGCUUCUGAGACGUGAGGAAAGGAUUUGACCUGAUUUGUCGUCACAAAUCUUUCAAAAAAGAAAAAAAAAAAAACAUCCCACUGGAGAUGAACAUCUAACUGAC